CAACUCGUGCCCAUCUGUAUAGAGUUUGAAUUACUGAUACAAGCAGUGUUAAAAGCAAUGCUGCCAUUUCUACCAGUCAUUAAAAAUGAAUUUCCCUUUCGUAAAUGUAUCGUCGGCUUGUAAUUUAACCAUAUUAUUGUAUAUAUAUUUAUACGAAUACGUGUUUCUUUGAAUCAGUAAUAUACAGGAAAAAAAUGGCAACCGGUUAAAUUGUGUUUAUGAUACAGAGAUUUUUGCAAUUUCUCUCGUGUAUUCUAUCUACUCUAGCUUGAAUCAAUGAUUUUUCAAGGAUAUACCUGCAAAAGGUUCUUUAGUUGGAGAAACUCACUCAAUGUUUAGUGGGCUUUGACUUUGAGAUACAAAUAUUUAAUUGUAUUAGACCGUGGCGUAAGUGACAAUCAAAAUUAAAGCCACAGUCAAACACACCUCAUUCUCAUAGCAUGAAUUCAAUUACAUGUAUUGUGUGUAGUUGUUAUGUCUCAAUCGUGAGAUAUGUUAAUGCCUAUGAAAAUUUUACUGAGCAAAAUCAAAAUUUUAUUGAAGCUUGUUAUCUAUCCAAGAAUUUCCUUUAUUAAACGCUGUACAUAUCCAAUCUAAAUAAUUUUUAUGUUGUGUGUAUAUGCACAUUUCACAAAUGACGAAUAACUAGUUUGAUUUAUUCUACAUGCUAUACAUGUACAGAAUUUAAAAAAGGUUUUAUAGAAAGAAAGAAAAAAAUAACUUAUUCUUUUAGAAUAAACAAUUUGCACAAUCUAUUUUGCAUUAACAUUAAUCUGUGAACCAUGCCUGGAGAACCAUCCGUAACAAGCGCUAACAAAGCAAGCGGAAAAACGAAAAGAAUCUCAAUACCUCGUGUACAAAGCAGCACAGAUACAGAAUUGCAGUCACAACAGAGUCAAAGUGGCUCUACACCAUUACAGCCUGUAGCACUGCACUAUGUAAGCUUUCGAUCAGAUAUCGAGGAAAGUCCUAUACCACCCACAUUGCGUUGUCGAUUAUUUGACCUAUUUCAACAAAUUGAAAAAGAAUUUGAGAUGCUCUGCACAGAAAAUCUUGGAUUACAGGAGAAAAUAGAUAUAUUGAAUGAUCGUCUGGAAAGGGAAUGCUAUGGAUCUGGAGAACGCAGCCUACCUCCAGGGGACAUUCCAGACUACCCAGAUACAAAAGCACUUUCAAAACAAAAAUCUAUGGUUGGCUCAUCUGCCCAGAAAAUAAAGACUUCACACAAACUCAAAGCUCAAACUAGUAAAAUUGUAUCAAGUUUUAAGAAUCCAACUAUGUCCUGUACUAUGCAAAGAGAAUAUGUUGGUCAUAGAGAUGGUGUAUGGGAAGUUUCAGUAGGUAGAUUGGGUCAACCAAUUAUAGCAACUGCAUCUGCAGAUCAUACAGCACGAGUUUGGGCAUCAGAUUCUGGACGCUGUUUAUUACAAUAUAUAGGUCAUAAUGGUUCUGUAAAUUCUGUUAGAUUUCAUCCAACUAGGGAUCUUGCUUUGACAGCAAGCGGAGAUGGUUCUGCUCAUGUAUGGCAAGCAGCAGUUGAUUGGGAUUUGCCUAAAAGAGUACCAUCUAUGGAAGAGCUUCCAACAAUGGGUGCAGAAAGAACAGCUGCAAGCAGCAUUAUUAGUAACAAUGAGGAACAAGAAGAACCUCCUACUUUACGAACUCCAAUACGAGAACUAUUAGGUCAUACGGGUGUUAUCAUGGCAGCAGAUUGGUUACCUGGUGCUGAACAAAUCGUUACAGCAUCAUGGGAUAGAACUGCAAACUUAUAUGAUGCAGAAACUGGAGAAAUAAUUCAUACUCUCUGUGGACAUGAUCAAGAACUAUCACAUGUAUCCACUCAUUACAUGCAAAGAUUAUGUGUCACAUCAAGUCGGGAUAGUACAUUUCGUUUGUGGGAUUUUAGAGAACCUAUACAUUCCGUAUCUGUUUUUCAAGGUCACACAGAAACAGUAACUUCAGCAGUUUUUACACGAGAGGAUAAAAUAGUCUCAGGGUCUGACGAUAGAAGUGUCAAAGUAUGGGAAUUACGUAAUAUAAGAAGUCCUUUAGCAACAAUUCGUGGUGAUAGCGCUGCUAACAGAUUGGCUGUUUCAAGUACAGGAAUUGUAGCUAUACCGCAUGACAAUAGACAAAUACGUCUUUUUGAUUUAAGUGGACAACGUUUGGCAAGAUUGCCUAGAACUAGUAGACAGGGACAUCGCAGAAUGGUCUGUUCUGUAGCAUGGGCAGAAGAUAGUAGUAGUAUUUGUAAUUUGUUUUCUUGUGGAUUUGAUAGAUUAGUAGUAGGAUGGAGUAUUCUUCCUGUUAAGGAUGCCUGAGCAUCAAAAUCCGUUAUUAGAUCAAUCCUUACAUUAGAAUAAUGUUGAUCACAAAGGCAAUAUAGAAACAAAAUUAGAAAUGUAAUCGCAAACCAAAAAUCCAGUGAUCAAUCCAAUCAAAGAUCCACUUUUCCCAGUCUUACAGACAACUGUAAUGAAUAAUUAUAUUAAGCAGAAGAAUACUGGUACAUAAUGUAUAAUAUCAGCUAUAAUUUAAAAUGAAUCAAUAAAUGAUGGACUUAUUGAUAAAUUUAUGUAUAGAUUAAAUGUGAAAACUUUCUGGUCAUUACAGUGCAAUGUAAUACGUUAUCUAUCAUUUUUGAUAAACGUAUACAUUUACCUGAAUACGCUGUCAUAAGGCAUAAAACUGUAUAGCCCUGAACAAAUAUGUAAUGUAGAUCUAAUCCUAUAGGUUCCCAUACGAUAGAUAAUAAUCCAAACAACUUUGAACAUCCUCCCACAAUAAGUGCUCUAGUUAGAUCUUUGGCAUUAUAUUUGUGUGGCCUUUUUCUGCUAAGCAACCAACGUAAUUCAGUUACAAUAAUUACAGUAGCAAUAAAUACUGUCAAUGUAAUGGCAGUUUGUAAUAGCAGAAUAUAAAAAUUACAGUCUCCUUGAAAUACAUCUCUAUUGCCUAUAUCUAUAUUGGUUUUUUGACUAUUAAUAGAUUCACAAAAAGACCAAGCUCUGAAGGCUUCAGCCAACCAUAACAUUACCAUUAACUUCCAAUAUGAUUUAAAAUUACUAUUAUAUAAAAGGUGCUGAUAGGCUUGUUUCUCUAAUAAAAUAAGAUCAACGAAUACAAUAACAGGAUCAUAUUCGAUGUAUUUGUCAGCUAAUAAUCCACAUUUGACCUGCAAUAAAACAUUGAAUAAAAAAAUUGUGUAAAGAAAAAUGAAUAUACGAACUUACGCAUUUCAAAACUUUAAGCACACUUGGACAAUAUCGUCUAUAAAGUUCCUCUGUUUCAGUUCCACAAUUUAUACAGAUAUACAUGAGAUAAAAUCUGCAAAUACAUAAAAAUUUUUAGAUAAACUAUAAAAGAUUUUUUUCAAUUGCAUUUAUUUUUCUGUAAUUCAAAAAUGAGAUUAAUUGGGACAUCAGUUUCAUAUGAUUGUUCUACUUUUUUUGUAUUUGAUAGUUCUAUAUUUCCUACACGGAAAAAAAAAUAAAUAUCUAUACGUAAAAUAUUUACAUAAGUAUCUAUACAACGAACUUGAAUAUAUAAUAUUGAAUAUAAUUAAAAUAAAACAUUUCAAAAUUACAUUUAAAAAGAGAGAAAUGAUUUAAUUUUUUAUAUAUAGGAUGAGUCAUUUAAUAGAAUAAAAUGUUACAAAACUGUUUUUACAUUAUUUUAUUUAAAAUAUUUUCAAUACGCGAUAAUAUCUUUAGUUUAUGCAAAAUUAUGAGAAUACGUAUAAAACCGAUGAUUCAGAACAUACCGUUUUCUGACACAUAUUUCUAUCAAGGUCAGAGAAAGUUCUUCCGUGUUUUUACUUAUCAUACUUACCAUAGAUAAUGAAAUUCUUUUAAAUAUACCGAUUGAUUCAUAUUAAAGAAAUAUUUGAAAUUAUAAAACUAUCACACAUAUUUUAAAUUAUAGUUCAGUUAUCUUAUUAAUCUUAUCAAGAUGCAACAAUCUCUUAUAUAAUAUCUCCUACAGCAUAUCUCCUACGUAAGAUCUUUUACGAUAAAUCUCGUGAUAAACGAUAUUUAUGAAAUAUAAUAAAUAUUUAGUGCAAUAAAUGUAACAUUUAAUAUAAAUGAUUGUAAAGAUAUAGAAAUAACUUAAAUGCAGAGUAGAAUGGAUAUGGUGAAAGUGAAAUGGAUAAAGUUGUUGUUUAUGUAAUAAUAUGAAAAUGAAAUAAAAAUUUUAAAUAAUUUAA